CCGCAUCUCGGCUAUAUUAAACUGCAAUGACAAUACAACCUUUCAAAAUAGCUCCGAGUGGCUAGAAUUUUUUAAGUUAUGGUGACGUCUCUGGUACUUUUCGUAUAUAAUCUCUCGUUUUAAAGGAUUUCUCAACUGUUUAUGGAUCUUAUGCGGACAACUACUAGGACUGACACCCAAAAUAUACCUAGGUAAGUCUAAAGAGGGGGAAAUAUGCAUUACCUACAAGUGCUCAGCGUAGCCGCUCUACAGUUUAUUCCCCCAGCGCACGGUGACCUUGCGCUUGAGGAUGUACUGUCAUACUCAAAAAUUCAUAAACAGCGUCAACAUCCAAGGGUCAGACAUGAUGCUAGGGCCAUCGCUGCAGAUGCAAGCCCAUGUGCGGGAAAUUUCGAGAAACCGAGUUACCGAUUUUCCGACUUCCAAUUCAACAAGACGGCGACAGGAGAUCUAAGCAUGACCCAUUUCCAACUUUUCGACGUUGCAAACAAUGGAUCUACGUUUUGCACAACGCCCUAUUUGCAGGAUGUAAACAACCCUGCAUGGAAUGAUUGCGAAAAUGACUUGAAAGAUCCUAUAGGCGCGAGAACUUUAUUCAAAUAUUCGGGAUUGGAUAAUGAACUCGAAGUCAGCCAGAUGUGGUUAUGUGAGCUCGAGAACAAGACUCACCCUCAUCCCUAUUUCUCAUCGGCAAAAAUUGACCUAAGAGAACUGCUUAAAUGUGUUGAUGAUCCUAAACAAACGAGAUGUACCGUGGAAGACGAAGACGCAGUAGACGCAUUCGGUGGGGAUUAUACAACUCCAAUCUGGAGUUCUGACCCCAUAGAUAUAAUCCCACCAAAUCAUGGAGAGAAAACGGAGACUCCAUGGAACCCAACCCCUUGCAUCGGCCCAUCCUUCAGCUAUCCAUACUGGGAUGUACAAGACUUCUCUUAUAAGGAAGGGGACGACGCAAGCUCCGUGAGCUUCCGUCUGAAUAAUCACGCCAGCAAUCAAUCAGUAGCUUGCACGGCCGAAGCAGGGGAACUGUCGAGCUGUGAGGACAACUCGACGACGGUGAUAUUUGCGAAAGCUACUAGGGAACUUUCGGUCAAUCAGACGUGGGUAUGCAAGGGUGACGAGAAGUACCCGAAAGACGUGACUUUCCGAGCUGUUGGCAGCGUGGCCAUUGAGCUAGACUCAGCGAACUCGACGCUGAUCAAAGGAUUGCUGACCGAGCCCAUCGCUCUAACCCCGAACGUUGCUCCGGAGGGGGUAAAUCACCCAGAUUGUAUUGAAACAUCCGAAACGCCAUCAUGGACAGUGUCAUCCCUUCGUUGGAACGAGAAAUGGCGAAAUGGAUACAACACCGGUGACCUAACCGUCACCUUCUAUAACCCCGCAACUGGCUUCCAGUUAACAUGUACAGGCGACGGAGAAGAGCUUAACCCCGAUGGAAGGUAUGGCAACGAUAGAUGGUGGGGCUGUAGUUAUGCUAGGUCGGCUUUUGAGGAUUACCGAAUCAGUUCGUUGAUAAAACUUAACCCCGAAACGGAGAUCUUCUCCAUCAAGCAGACGUGGUACUGUAACGGUCAUGACGAUAAGCUACCGGCUGAGAUCGUAGCUGAGGGAAGUACUGAUUUGAAAUUGACAUGCACUUCGGGUCAUGACGCUGCAACCAACACAACCGCUAGAUAUUGUCAUCAAACCGAGUACCCUUUGACAGUCGAAGGGGCCGUAACGAACAAGACUGAGCUCGCCAAGGACGUAUUCCUUGAACUAGCCCCCGCUGGUUACAGCUGCACCAUCGCCUCCGUCCUAGCCCCACAAUGGCGAUCUCACUGGUCAACCGACAACAUCUUCUCAGCCCCAACAUUCGCCAAUAACUUCGUAACAAAAGUCUUUUAUGGCAUCCAGUUCAUGGCAAUCGACGGUUUCCAGUACGUAGCUUUCAAGGGCUUAUCCGCGACUCCUUUCUUAUCCGCGAGCAAGCCAGGGAAGUGGUACGACUGUAAGGACUACGUAAAGGGGGAGGAAUCGUCGAGUGCAUGGGCGCAGUAUAAUAUCGAUUGCAAGUGGCAGCUUGAUCUAGAAACUGGUUACUACGCCCUCAACCAUACUUGGUAUUGCGACGAUAAGGAUCCGGAUCAUCCAAUUGUCUUCACGGCCUCGGGAAGUAGAUUCGAUAACUACACUUGCUACGUCGACCGCGCCGAGCGCGAUGUAUCGUGUGGCCCAGUCGGACCGGAGGCACCACCUAUCUUGCCUACGUCUAUCGAGUGGGAGGCAAUGCCGAUUGAUGCGUUUAAAGCUCGAUAUCCAUCUUUAGGAGCGCAUUAACUAGUCGAUAUAUUACAAAUCUAGCAUACCAAAUAUAUCUAUUCGCUUGAAA